AUGGAUCUGAGUCGAAUUUUACGCAUAGUAGCCGUUGUUUCCAUGGUGAUGAUCCAAUCUGCUUCCGGGAAUUUCGUCUUCAACGUCAAGCAUAAAUUCGCCGGAAGAGGUAAACAGUUGUCUGAGCUCAAAUCUCACGACACCUACCGUCACGCUCGUAUGCUCGCCAACGUCGAUCUCCCUCUCGGCGGCGACAGCCGCGCUGACUCAAUCGGAUUAUACUUUACAAAAAUCCAGCUUGGGUCACCACCAAAGGACUAUUACGUUCAAGUUGAUACAGGAAGUGAUAUACUUUGGGUGAAUUGUGCACCAUGCCCCAAAUGUCCUGUCAAAACUGAUCUCGGUAUACCUCUAUCAUUGUAUGAUUUAAAAGCUUCUACGUCAUCAAAGCAUGUUGGCUGUGAAGAUGAUUUCUGCUCCUUCAUUAUGCAAUCGGAUACUUGCGAACCGAAGAAGAAGCCUUGUAGUUACCAUGUGGUGUAUGGAGAUGGAAGUACUAGUGAUGGUGACUUCGUGAGGGAUAACAUUACAUUGGAUCAAGUCACCGGGGAUCUUCGAACCGCACCCUUAGCGCAGGAAGUUGUAUUCGGGUGUGGAAGCAAUCAAUCUGGACAACUUGGGCAAACUGACUCAGCAGUUGAUGGCAUUAUGGGAUUUGGACAAGCAAAUACCUCAAUCAUAUCACAGCUAGCUUCCACAGGGAAUGUGAAGAGAGUCUUUUCGCAUUGCUUAGACAACGUAAACGGAGGUGGGAUCUUCGCUGUUGGUGAAGUCGAAUCUCCGAUUGUCAAAACAACUCCUUUGGUUCCUAAACAGGUACAUUACAACGUCAUAUUAAAGGGAAUAGAUGUGGAUGGUGACGCUGUUGAUCUUCCACCAAGCUUAGCUAGUUUUGGUGGUAAUGGAGGAACAAUAAUUGACAGUGGUACAACUUUAGCUUACUUACCAGAGAAUCUGUACAAAGCAGUACUUGACAAGAUUACUGCUAAGACACCGGUGAAACUGCAUAUGGUACAGGAGACUUUCGCAUGUUUCAGUUUCACUUCAAACACAGAUAAAUCGUUUCCGGUAGUCAAUUUUCAUUUCGAGGACUCACUUAAACUGACUGUUUAUCCACAUGACUAUCUUUUCUCUCUUCGUGAAGACAUGUAUUGCUUUGGUUGGCAAUCUGGAGGAAUGACGACUCAGGACGGAUCUGAUGUAAUCCUUUUGGGAGAUUUGGUGCUCUCAAACAAGUUAGUAGUAUACGAUCUUGAGAAUGAGGUCAUUGGAUGGGCAGACCACAACUGUUCGUCAAGUAUAAAAGUUAAAGAUGGAGCAGGAGCAUCUUACACAAUCGGAGCAGAUAAUCUCAUUUCAGCUUCUUCUUCGGUGAUCAGAGGAACAUUUGUAGCGUUAUUGUCUAUAUUAAUUUCGGUUUUCUUUUCUUUUACUUCAUAG